GUAAAAAUACCCGAGGACGCGUCCGUCGGCAGCACAGUCAAGAACCUGAGAGACUGUCUUAACGUCGGCGGUGGCCUAAUGGAAGAGGAAAAUGGAACACCGUGGUCAGUGAACAUCACAAGUGGCAACGAUCUCAGACGGUUUGAGGUUGUUGUUGAGAAUUUGACGCUAAUCGUCGCAGCACCGCUGGACUAUGAGUAUAACCCGCGAUACAACCUGUCCCUGGAGCUGACAAAUACUGGAGACAACAGCUUUUGGCAUGUAAACCUCGCCAUCGUGAUCAUGGACGUGUGGGGAUACCCGCCAUACUACAGCAAACAGUGUGAAACACCAGUUAUACCUGAUACUGGGACGGCUGAGAACUAUGUCGUACUGAGCAGCCCUAAUGGGCACUUCGAGCUCGUGAUUAAUGGGGAAGAACGACAGUACAAUGACUUUUUUCCCUUUUUCCGUCACAAACUCCACCAUGCUAUCAUGAACGACUGCUGUUCCUUUCGAUGGUGUACCGCUCUGACCCAUACGUGGAAUGACUUAGACGCGCUUCGCCCGGCGCUUGAGGCUCGUCAGAAUGGAGGGAGGUUAGAGUUUCAAUGUCGCGACAGGCAGCUGAGAAGUGUAGGCAAGUUUAUGUUUUUGGAUGUUUCGAAACAAAUGUUGCCUGAGUGGGCACAGGAUAGUCAGUGUGGCAUGACAGAUGGUGAUAGUUAUGUUGCAGUUGUGGAGUUGAAUAAUCCUGAGUGUAACAUGACAGAAGGUGAUAAUUAUGUUGCAGUUGUGGAGUCGAAUGAUCAUGAGAUGCGGCCCACUUUGUUAGCUUGGACACAGUGUGGCGCUAACGUCACAUUUCACAGCAGUACAUGGCCCAUUGACUUCAUAUUUCAGUACGACAUCACAGGGUGUCCCGAGGGCAGGUACGGUCUGUACUGUGACAAGGACUGUGUUUGUAAGAACGGUGCCCGGUGUCAUGGCUUUAACGGUGCCUGUGAGUGCCGCCCGGGAUGGAGAGGGAGGGCCUGUGAUAUUCCCUGGCCUGAACUCAACGCCACCAAAUGUCGACCUAACUAUUAUGGAGAAGUUUGCAGCCAAGUGUGUGACUGUGAGUACGGAGGGACGUGUGACAGGUGGGAGGGGUGCCUGUGUCCUCCCGGCCGUCUAGGAGACAGAUGUCAGCACACCUGCGCACCUGGCAGUUUUGGUUGGAACUGCAGCAUGACAUGUCUAUGUCAGAACAUCGCCGUGUGUGAUGCAGUAAAUGGCACCUGUAAUUGUUCGGAAGGGCAGUCAGGCGAAUUUUGUGAAAUCGUAACCAAAUUGGAAAAUAAUCAAGACGUUGUUAUAGUUUUGGCGUCCAUUCUUCCUGCUAUAGUUAUAGUCGGCUGCAUCAUAAUUGUGACCAUGGUAAAACGGAGGGUCACAAAUCGGAGCGGGCUACAUACAAUAAACAUAGUGGACAUAGAAAUGGAGCCUCUCUCAUCAUGGGAACUAGACAAAGAGGACAUAUGUUUUGAACACAUGAUAGGCGAGGGGGAGUUCGGCCAUGUAGUACGGGGUAGACUGCGCGUGCCUGAAGGCUACCAAGUUUUGGUUGCCGCCAAAAGUAUCCGGCCUGACCGCAUGAUGGCGUCUGCUGUCCGCGACUUUCGCCGCGAAAUGGACAUUCUCGCCAGGAUCCACGAAGACAAAGAGGGACACCCGAACGUGGUGAAGUUUUACGGAGUUCUGACUAAAUCACAUCCACAGUACAUUGUUGUAGAGUACGCGGCUAAUGAGGAACUGCGCCGUUACCUGUGGGGUUUGAGAGAACAAUUCAAAGUUACAGGAGAAAGGAAACUGUUUGAACGUCUCGGUUUUGCUUCUGGCGUGGCCAGUGGGUUAGAAGAGCUGGCACGUCUGAAGAUCGUUCACCGAGACAUCGCGGCCCGUAAUGUCGUCAUCAGCGACAGGAAGGUGGCUAAGAUCGCGGAUUUCGGACUAUCGCGUGACGUUUACACGUCGUCGGCGUACGAACGCACAAACCAGGGCGGGGAGGAGGAACUGUUGCCGCUGAAGUGGAUGGCCGUGGAGUCGUUACGGGACGGGGUGUACACGUGUGAGAGUGACGUGUGGUCGUACGGCGUGCUGCUCUGGGAGAUCGCCAGUUUUGGGGAGGAGCCGCGCUACGCUGGAGGCCCCAUGCACCCGGACGUCUGCACACUGUUGGAGCUGCUGAAGAAAGGCGUCCGUCUGCAGCAGCCGGAGAACUGUCCGCUGCCGGUGUACCGCAUCAUCAGGUCCUGCUGGAUAGUAGACCCCUCCAAGCGGCCGACGCCUGAAGGUCUGCUGCAUAAGAUAGACCAGUUAAGACCACCGAGGCAUGCGGCCCACCUCGUUAAUCAUGGCAUGACAUGGCAGUAAAGCAUCAGCUAUUAACAAGCAAGGUCUAAUGGUCUGUCCUAAAUGUAAUGAAAAUGAGAAACAGACUUUAUAGCUUUUUUCUACAUAA